AAGCCCCUCGGCCUGAAGGACUGCGUGGUGGUGGGCGGCCUGGACAUGGUGGCGCAGGCGCUGGAGCUCUCCCGGAAACCCCACGUUGUCAUCGCUACUCCCGGCAGGUUGGCAGAUCAUCUCCGCAGCUCCAACACCUUCAGCCUUAAAAAAAUAAAGUUCUUGAUUUUAGAUGAAGCUGACCGGCUGUUGGAGCAGGGUUGUGCUGAUUUCACCACGGACCUGGAGGUGAUUCUGGAUGCUGUUCCAGCUCGCAGACAGACGCUGCUGUUCAGCGCCACGCUGACCGACACGCUGAAGGAGCUGAAGAGCCUGGCUGCCAACAGACCGUUCUUCUGGGAGGCUGUGGCUGAGGUGCGGACGGUGGAUGAACUGGACCAGCGCUACUUGCUUGUACCCGAAGCCAUCAAGGAUGCCUACCUCGUCCAUUUAAUCCAGACCUUCCAGGAUGAGCACGAGGACUGGUCUAUUAUUAUCUUCACCAAAACCUGCAAGGACUGCCAAGUCUUGAACAUGAUGCUCAGGAAAUACAACUUUCCUUCUGUAGCUCUGCAUUCCAUGAUGAAACAGCGGCAACGAUUUGCAGCUUUAGCAAAGUUCAAGUCCAGCAUCUUUAAGAUUCUCAUUGCCACUGAUGUCGCUGCCAGAGGUUUGGACAUCCCCACAGUACAAGUUGUCAUCAAUCACAACACUCCCGGCCUGCCGAAAAUCUAUAUUCACCGUGUUGGCCGGACGGCCCGCGCAGGUCGGAAAGGAAUGGCUAUUACACUGGUGACGCAGUACGACAUCCAUCUCGUCCAUGCUAUUGAGGAGGAAAUCAAACUGAAGCUGCAGGAGUUCUCCGUGGAGGAGCAGUCUGUGCUUGACAUCCUCACCCAAGUGAACGUCACCAGGAGGGAAUGUGAAAUAGAACUGGAGGGAAUGGAUUUUGAUGAGAAGAAAGAAAUAAAUAAGCGGAAACAAAUGAUCCUUGAAGGGAAGGAUCCAGAUCUGGAGGCAAAAAGGAAGGCAGAGCUAGCCAAGAUCAAGAAGAAAAACAGGGAAUGCCGUGAGAAGAUCCAGCAGACACUGCAGAAGAAAAAGCAGCUGCAGCUGAAGAGGAAACUGCAGAAGAGGAUGGAGCGGCGGAACAAACUGCGUGCUACGGAGGAGAAAUAG